AUGGACGGCCCCAACACCAAGCUCAACACCGGCCCGCUAGGCUGGGCCUACAUCGCCCUGACGGUAGUAUGGACAGUCGUCGUGGCGAGCGGGAUGUGGUUCCUGCAUCGUCACCGCCAGCUUCCCUUCCUCCAGAUGCGGAGGCUGCCCCUGGUCUUCAGCGCCAUCGUCCUGCUUCACAUCUACGGGGUGGCCACUAUGGUAGUCUACGUCAUCGAGCCCUUGGUGCCGUGCGAUGCUCAGUUCUGGAUCAUGAGCGUCUAUCUGCCUUGCGGUAUGGCAUUGCUCCAGGCCGCGAAUAGUCACUUCCUUCAAAUAGCUAGCCAGCAGCGGAAAUACGUGCGGCACAGCGACCUCGAGGACAAGCUUCUCUCGGAGAAGCCCCCACUACUCGAUCCCUCUCUUCCCCGGUGGAAACGAACCAUUCAGAGGGUUCAGAGCGCGGACCAGACUACGAGAACUCUGUAUUAUAUCAGUCUGGGGAUCGUGGUUCAGUUAAUCAUGACUUUGUUUGUCUACUUCGGGGCCGAGAUGUUCCACCCAAGAUACGGCUUCUUCCAUGAAAACGUCCCUGCAGAACAGCAGAGAAAGAAGCAGUGCUUCACUGGCUGGGAGUGGUGGCUGUCGAUCGUCUGGCAGUUCUUCUGGGCGUACUUCUACGCCCCGUAUAUGCUGUGGAAGACUCGGCAUGUUCGCGAUACCCACGGAUGGCGUAUCCAGACCAUCGGUUGCUGCGUUGCUGGCCUGCCUGCGUCGCCUCUAUGGCUGGCUGGCUUGUAUAGUCCGCAGAUGCAAUCGGUCAGGACGGUCGUCAUUCCACCCCAAUGGAUCACGUUCUCGAUCGUCUUCAUAGAAAUAUUCACGAUACUCUUUCCCUGCUGGCACGUCGUCAAGACGCACAACCUCCAGCAGGAGACCCUUGACGCCAUCGCAGUCUGGGAGGAGAAGAACAAGAGUUUCAAGGGCGACGACCAGACCUUUGCGACCGCAGCCUACGUCGGCACCACCCUGAGGAGCUCCAUCUACGCCAACAGCCGCAACACCAAGGCCACUGCCAACUCACAAGACUCACGGAAGAGCGAUACCCUCACCAUGUACGCCCUGGAAAGCGCACUGCAGACCAACCCGCAGCCCCUGCUCGAGUUCGCCGCCCUGAAGGACUUCUCGGGCGAGAACAUCAGCUUCCUCUCGCACGUCGCCGACUGGAAGCGCGCCUGGACGACCAUGAGCGCCACGCCGGACCGGGAGCGGCAGCAGUUCAUCCGAGCCAUGCUCAUCUACUCCAACUUCAUCAGCAUGGACUUCUCCGAGUUCCCCGUCAACAUCUCGUCGCGGGCGGCCAAGGAUCUGCAGGACCUGUUCGGCAUCGCGGCGCGGAGGCUCAACCGGCCUUGGAGCAUCGACACGGGGUCGUCGUCUGCGACGCCCUUCGAUGGCCCGUCGGAUAAUGAGUCCACGUUGGAACUGAAUACUGGUAUGGACCUGGAGGAUACGCUGGGCAUGGCCAAUUUGUCGUCCGUCACCAAGAUGUCAAAUCUGAGCGACGAGGGCCACUUCGACAUGCCCAUCCCGGAAGGGUUCAACUCCCAGGUCUUCGACGUCGCCGAGCGCGAGGUCAAGUACCUUGUCUUGACCAACACGUGGCCGAGGUUCGUGCAUGCUGGUUUCGAGAAUGCCAGUCGGGCUUCGGCGAGGGAUGGAACAGGCAUUUUUGAUGGUGCGAGGAAGUACUUCUGCGGCUUGGAAAGGCUUGUAUGA